UUUGGAUGUCGCUCAGUGACCUAACAACAGAAGGCUCAUUCGUUUGGCAUUACUCGGGCAAGUCGGCUAACUUAACAGAUUGGUAUGAAAAUGAACCAGACGACUUCUUUCAGCGAGAAGAUUGUGUUGACAUGUUUAAAAGCAAAGACGGAUAUGCAUGGAGGGACGAUGAUUGCACUAGGAGUUAUAAUUACAUAUGUGAGACUAAUGCCACUGCUGUUCCUGAGACAACUUUGGAACCAACGACACAAGAACCAAAUACCACAAUGUUUAUAGUUCCUGAGAGUACUACUGGUGUUACCACGGUUACAUCAGGAUGUAAACAGCUGUAUGAUAUCACUUGGAUGGCAAUCGUGCUAGCUGUCGUUUUCCAUUAUGUUAUUUAGUACACCGACUGUAUCCGCGUUAAUAUAGUUUGUCACUGUGUCUUGAGCCAUGGCUGCUUUUU